AUGCCUAGCAACCCAAGCUUUCUCUCGUCUCAGUGGGCUGUCGAUUUUCUCAGAAAAAAACCAAGGAGGGACCUCCAACUCCCUGAAGUUGGCCUCUCUCUGAUUUCCCUGGACCGAGUUAAGAAACAGUGCUUCCACAACUUAGACUUGCCAGCAAUGGAGGUUGCUAGUGAAAUAGUGAAAGGAGUUGUUCAAGUUCUCAUGGUUCCAGUUAAAAAACAAUUGGAUUAUCUGAUUUCCUACAAAAAAUAUGUGGAGGAUAUGCACACAAAAAUGAAGGAUUUGGAUGCUGCAAGAGUUGGUGUGGAAUCCCAGAAGAAGCAAAGCAGAGAAAGAUGUCUUGAGGUUCCUGCCCAAGUCGCCCCUUGGUUGAUAGAAGUAGAACAUAUGAAUGAAAAGGUGGCAGACUUUCCAAGUGAAAUCAUCGGUUGCCUAGAUCUCAAGAGUAGGCACAAGCUUGGAAGGAAAGCCUUGAAGAUAUCUAAGGAGAUGGAGAGUGUUCUGGGACGAUGCCCUGAAAUCCGAGGGACUGAUCUGCAAAUGCAAAUUCCUCUGGGGAGAAUUGAUUCCACAACGGCAUCCACCUCUACACCAUCAAGUGAUCGGAAUGACUUCCGGUCAAGAGAGUUGACUUUCAAGGAAGCACUAAAAGCACUCGGACCCAACCAUAGUUCCCACAUGGUAGCCUUAUGUGGGAUGGGUGGAGUGGGAAAAACCACUAUGAUGAAGAAGCUGAAAGAGGUUGUGGUAGAAAAGAAAAUGUUUAAUCAUUACGUUGAAGCGGUUAUAGGGGAAAAGACGGACCCCAUUGCUAUCCAACAAGCUGUUGCCGAGUACCUUGGUAUAACUCUAACCGAAACCACUAAACCAGCAAGAACUGAUAAGCUCCGUACAUGGUUCGCUUACAAUUCACAUGGAGGAAAGAAGAAGUUGAGUCGUCGUAACAAUAGUACUCAAAUGUGA